CACUUAAAUAAGAAUCGGUGCCAAAACAUACCUGGGUUUCGCCCGCUUAUAUCAAAUAUAUACAUGUACAUGUAUAUACAAACAAAUGUAAAAUUAGAAUAAUUAUAUCCUAUUGAUUUGCACACAGCCUAUAUAAUCUAUGUAUCUUAAAAAUAUCUUCUUGUGCAUACACUUACCGUAGCUUAUCAGGUGAGGGAAUCACGUAUAAUUUAUUACAUUAUAACGUUUAAUCGUAAAAAAUGUUAAAACACUAGCUUACAUGGAAGAAUGUGAGAACAUCAAAACGAAAAUCAAAAUAUAUUGAUAAUUAUAUAAGUCAUGGGAAUUACUGGUAGAGCAUUAUAUUUGUUGCUGGUUAUAUUUGGCGUUUGUGUGCAGGACAAUUGUCCGCAUGCUAUAUAUGGUAAAGUUGAAGAGGUUGGCAAAGAAUCAGUGAAAGGGGUUACUGAAACGAAAGUCAUAAUAGGAAAUAACAACUUGGAAACUGCCGCACAUACUGAUGUCAGCAGCAAUAAAGAUUCUAUUGGUAAAGAAAAUGACAUCGAAAGAAACCCAAGAACAUCGACUUCCUUUACUGAAUUUAUAGACGGAUAUAACAACAGAGGUGGGGUUGGAAGUGAUUUAGUCCCGAAAAUUGGAAAAGAUAUAAAAAGAGAUGAAAGUGAGAUACGGGUUCAAAUUCAUUAUAGUGCCAAAACAUUUAAAGACGGCUUUGAUGAAUUAGGUACCGAUAAAAAUGAAUUAGAAGAGAAGAAUAAAGAGGGUGAAUAUGCCCCUAUUCCGACAACGCACGCCGAUGCAGGUUUUAAUGGAGUAAUAAUCCGCAUAAAUCCAGUGAAGGAUUGCGACAAAAACACCGAUACCGUUAAAGAGGGAAAUCUAACUGAAGCAGAUUCUGAAAAUACAACAUUACCGCCUCUGAUCUGCUGGAAAAGGAACUGUCCGGACUGUGCUCCACAAGAAAGCGGAUUCCGUUGUUUUAUAGGCAGAUUCCUAACUGUGGUUGUGCGUUUAGGAAUUUCUUUUGUCAUAAUUCUUCUGCUAGUCGCAGGCGUUGCUGCUUUUCAGCACAAAGCAAAAGACAAACAUUCAAAGAGCAAUAUUGGAGAUUACGAAAACAAGACGCUGAUUACACACACGUCCAAAACACUGCAUGUUUGAGUUUGAUUCGAGUGUGAUGGUAAAAAAUUGGUUUCUCUCAGGACCGUCUCCACGCU